CCCGCCCAUGGGGGGCGGCUUUGGCCGCGUACCGAGGCGCGGGCCCGGGCGGCGGCGGGGCCGGGAUGUUCACGGCGGCUGCCGAGAGCUUCCUCAGGCAGGCGAGGGAGAUCCAGGAGGAAGAGCUGCGGAGAUUCACCACCCGCGUGUCCGCCCUGCUGCAGGGCCCCGAGCCGGGCCCCGAGGCCGUGGACGGGCUGCAGAGGCUGCACCUGAGCGUGGCCGCCACCAAAUACCCCCGCAAGCUCGAUGGCGAGUUUGUGGAGCUGUUGCAGAUGGUGCUGUGCUCAUCCAAAAGCCCUGAGCAGAUUCAGGUGUUAUGUGCUGCCAUCCUGAGAGAGAUGUCACCUUGCAACGAUCUGAUCCUGUCCUGUGAUGAGAUUCAAGAUACAAAGCUCUUGAGCCUGGUGUGCUCCGUCCUUCUGGCUCAGGGAAAUAAGAGUGAAGUGGCUGCUGUGGGGCWGCGUGUUGUGAAAGUCAUUGAAAGAAGACUGCCCGAGGGUCAGAGUGCYCGGUUCCUUCUUCCUGUCCUGGCAAAUGUCAUCAGCCUUUCACCAGAAUCUCUAACAGAAGAGCAGACCAGUGUUGUCAGUAAAAAGCUGGCUGACUGGCUGAGGUAUGCAAGCGUUCAGCAAGGAAUGGCUCAACCCUCUGGAGGCUUCUUCUCCAGUCCCAGAACCAAACAGCCUGCUCCUGUCACAGAGGUGGAUGGGGCUGUUGCUACAGACUUCUUCACAGUGCUCUCAGUGGCUCARCACUACACACAGGACCAGUGGCUCAACGUGCAGACCUUCUCCAUGCUGAGAAAUUGGCUGCUGUGCUAUGGGAGCAAGGAGCUGAACACCCCUAAUCCAGAUGACAAAGCAGGAAUGGACAGGUCUGUUGCAUCCAUGGUCUCCACUGCUCCCACAUCUGGUCGGCUGCUUCCCCCCACGGAGCGUCUGCGGGAGAAAUCCUUCGAGUACUGCCAGCGGCUCRUUGAGCAGAGCAACCGGCGACCCCUGAAGAAAGAAGAUGGAGACCUGCAGAAAGCUUGUCUCAUUGAGGCAGUGACAAUCAUGGACAUCAUCUGCAAGCAGGACUCCUCCUACGUGUACCGUGCUGUCUCCUUCCUGAAAUCCCUGCAUGGCAGGAUCUGUGGGGAUGCCACUUAUGCCAGGGCACUGCUGCCCAUUGCCCAGUUCUUCCUGAACCACAGCAAGCUGGCAGCWGUGGACUCGGAUGCCAUCUACAAACACCUCCUCACUGAUAUCCCAGCUCAGCUCUUCCACAACCCAUCACUGGCCUUCGAAUUUGUCCAGUUCUGCAAAGACAACAGCCAGCUCUUCACAGACACCUCCAGCAUAUUCAGGCAGAGCUUCCCAAAUCUCUUCAAGUUUCUGGCAUGGAAUAGCCCACCCCUUAUCUCUGAGUUUGUGGACCUUCUGCCAUUUCUGCUGGAUGCAGGCACAGCCAUUGAGAUCUUCCAUUUGCUGCUGGACCUGCCCUGUUUGACAGCAGCUCUGGACAUCCAGCUGAGGGCAGCUGCUGUUCCUGUCUCUGAGAAGGCAGGCAGUGACCCAGCUGGGAAACCAGCCUCGUGUCUGGAGGCCUUCCGCCAUYCCCUCUACAGGAGCAUGUUCCAGUAUCUUCUCCGCACCAGGUCUGCUCCCGAGGAUGCUCCAGACAGUCUGGUUCCACUUCGGCAGCUGCUGGGAUCGCUGGCUGGCAGCCCAAGGGUGGUUCAGUGUGCAGAGACUGUCCCUGUCUUGCUGGAGCUCUUCUUCAGGGUGGUGGCAGAGUUUGCAGAUGGAUCUCUKAUAAACCAGCUGGUGGUGCUGCUGCUGCAGAGGAGUGACCAGCUCUACGAGAUCCCAGCGUUCAAAGAGGAUGUGUACAGGGUGCUGGGCUCGCAGCUGGUGAUGCUGUGCAGGCUGCGCCCUGCRCUGGUGGUGGAGCUGUCCACAGAGAUCCUGGAGUUCUCAGGAGCAGUCAGCAACACCCAGAGCAAGGAGGCCAUCUUCACCCACCUGGUGUGGGCUAUCGGCGAGUACCUGUCGGUGUCCUACGACAAGCGCUGCACAGUGGAGCAGAUCACACGCUUCUUUGAGACCCUGGAGGCCGUGCUGUUUGAGAUCACCCAGCUCCGGCCACAGGCCAGCACCCCCAGCUGUGCCCCCCGUGCCAUCAGUGUCCUCAUGGCCACCUUGACCAAGCUGGCAGCCCGCAGCCAGGACUUGAUCCCCAGAGUGUCCAUGUUCCUGUCCAAGAUGAGGACAUUUGUGCAGAGCCCUGCUGUCACCUCUGUUUACUGUGAGGAGGACCUUGAGGAGAUCCUUAUUCGAGCAACUGAGCUCAUGAACCUGCUGAAAAUGCCCAGCGUGGCUCAGUUUGUGUUCACCCCACCCGUGGCCAGCACACGGUUUCAGAGGGAGGUGAAUGACUCCYUGCCUUUGGCCCUGAGGAUGGUCACCCAGCUCCUGGAGGCAGCUCCAGGCUCCAUGCCAGUGUGAGGGCAGGACGUUUCUGGACAGUGCUGACAUUCAAGGCUGAGGCCCUGAUCUUAACUGGAAAAGAGGAACAAAUGAUUGUGAAUGAAACAGAGAAUGGGAAUAAGGAGAGCUGAUGCUGCUCUCCUGCUCUGAGGCUGUUUGUAUUUGUGUGUCCUAGUGUCUGUUGCUUUUUUAUCUCCUAAGCUUGUCUUAUCCCUUCCUGACCACUAUGCAUUGAAAAUCCUGGUGGAUUUGUGYGAACGUUGCAGGAGAGUGAAUGAGUGCAUUAAUACCCUGCCAGCACACCSUGUCCCUGUGGAGAUGCACUUCUUCCCUCCCUUCUUUGCCUUGUUUCCCCUCCCCUGUGCUCUCACUACACCUCCACAUGCUGCUUUUCUCRCCUCCCUUGCAGCAGGUCAAGCCAAGGCCUGUGUGAGCUGGAGGAAGCAGGACUGAGUCCAUCACACGUGGGAGCCCUCACCACACCU